CAAGCGACCGAUGCCGGUCACCUUAUGGCCCAAUUUCACCUGGCCAAGUGCUAUCAGGGGAACCACGGAGUCGGCCGAGACGACACCAAGGCCAUUAUUCUCAAUAGGAAGCUUGCCACAGCCGGGCUGGUUCAAGCUCAAGUUGCCCUCGGAAGCUGCUACGAGCAGGGUAACGGUGUCGACUUCAAUCUCGAAACCGCAAUCGACUGGUACUUCAAGGCGGAUAGGUCCGCGGCCCUGGGCAACUCCUACGGGGAACAUCAAGUUGGAAUGUGCUACCUAUGGGGCAACUGUGUGGACCGAGACCACGUCGAAGCAUUCCAAUGGUUCCACAAGUCAGCCUGGCAGGGAAACCGUAACGGCCAGUAUCGUGUUGGUAUCUGCUACUGGUAUGGCCAAGGUGUCGCAAGAGAUCAAGAGGAAGCCACCAAUUGUUUCCUCGAGUCUGCCUGA